UCAGGAAACUACUGUGGAAAAAGCAGCGAGGGAGGAACAGAAACUGAAGCUGGAACUAGAGCGUGAGGCUAAACUAAACAGGAGGGCGCACGGGCAGCCCGAAUUCAACUCAAACGGAGUCCCGCAGUCACUUUUGGUCUGGGGUCGGGAGUCUGCAGUCAGCGACAGAGCGUGGGAGUUAUUAUAAAACAAACAACCAGAAGGAGGAGCAGCAACGACAAAGCCAAGUCUAUUAACAGGGCAAACACAAGCCUCGCUUCUCUCCUUUAACGAGAAAAGGAAAACCCAUCCACCCACGAAUGGGUAAGCUGGCAAUGAGGCGACAUCGAUGCGAGGAGCAGCAGCAGGAGCAGAUGAGGAGGCUGCCUGGAACCGAUUCGAAACAGUUAGCCGGCAAAUCGGAUUGCGAAUCUGCUGUAUUGACAUAAGGAAAUCGUUAGCCGGCUUAGCCAGCAGCCCCCCAACCCGAGACACAAAGUGGAGCCGAAAUUUAAAAUUAAAAAUAUUGCAAAAAAAAGAGCGAAGAUAAGCAGAGACGCUGGAAAUCAAAGACGGCACACAAAGUGAUAUGCUAAUGCAUUGGAUUUAGAGAGAGACAGCGAGACAGAGAGAGAGAGCGACAGAGACAGAGACAGAGACGGGUCGAGUGUUGAAGCAUGAAUAUUUCAUGAGGCCAAAGCCGAGCAGGAGACAGAGAGUUAAGAGCCAGCCCCAAGUGAUGACAAUAAGCUGUGACAUGGCGGCAAGUCGCUAGAGACAAGCUCAGAAACAGCUCAGAGCAGAGUGAGAAUUGCCCAGAGCGAAAGAGAAGCGACAACAGUUUCCGGGCUGCAAGAUGACAGAACUAAGACGAGCUAAUGGCCUGGACGCCUCCGUUCCGCGGCUCCACAAGCAGCACUCGCUGCGGCAGCAUCCGCUGCUGCACUCGCUGGCGGAUCAUGGCUGCAACCUGAGCAGCGGUGGCAACAGUGCGGCAAGCACCACCAGCAGCAGCACGGCCACAGCCACCACAGCACUCGGAGGAGGAGUUGGAGCUGUACCUGGCACUGGGCUGGGCAGCACUCAGCGCAGUGUGGAGUUCGAUGAGCAUGAUAUUUUCUAUGUGUCGCCAUCGAAGCGAAAAGGGGGAGGCCCUGCCAAUGGCUCUCUGGUGGCUCCUCCCAGCAAUAAUCACAAUGUGGUUACCUUUUCCAACUUUGUGAGCGAACAGCGGAUGACGCCUGCCUCCUCGCAUCGCGGAUCGUUGAAGCGCAGUAAGGGACGCAGCAAUCAGUCGCUGUGCAGCUGCGAUGCCGGCGAUGAGGCACAGUUGCAGCUGCAGCCGGAUGCUGCCGCCAGGCCGCUCUUCGAGUACAGUCUGGAGCGGCGACGGAAGACACACACAUACUCGUGCGAGCAGAACGCACAGAUACUCAUGAGACUGGAGCGCGAGCGUAAUCGUAAAUUAUCGCUGACUUUACCCGGAUCCGCCAGCGAAAUGGGACUGGUAACUGGAGGAGGAUUGUUGGAUCUGCAGUGCGACACGCCCAGCCUGUCGGAUGUGGACAUCAUACCGCCCGUGCCGCCGCCGCCUGCCAUGAAGCGGAACGGCAGCAUGCGCAGCCUCAGACUGUUGCAACAUCUGCAGCAGCAGCAGCAGCAACAACAACAGUUGGUAUCCUCUGGCAGUCACAACAACAAUUUGGCUCAGCUGUGCAGUAGCGAUCUGUUGCAGGAGUGCACCAAAUCGGCGCUGGACGAGUGCACUGCCACGUUGCUCAAUUGCACCGCCACCGCCAAUGGGAGCAGCAAUCAGAGCAGCAGCAACAGCAACAGCAUAAGCAGCAGCAGUCAUUGCAACAACAACAAUAAUAAUGCCAAGCCAGAUAUCUGCCACACGCAUGGCCAGCACCACAGUCAUGGCCAGAAUCACAGUCAAAGUCUGAGCAAGCCACAGAGCAAACAUGCAACAAACCCGCCAUUUGCUGCCCACGAGGAGGAUGAGAUAUUCACGCCCCACUCGAAGAAAUCGGAUCCGAGUCUGUGCUUUCUGGUGCCACCAGUUGGUGCCGGCACGGGUGCAGCCGCAGCUGCGAGUGCAGCAGCCGGAAACGGAAGUGCUGCCUCGAAAUACAACACCAUCGGACCGAGCAGCGAUUAUGCCCGACACCUGGCCCACUACAGUCGCUACCUGCAGAAGCAACACCAACAGCAGCAGCUGGCACACUUUCAGCAGCAGCGCUGCCGCUGCUUCUCCCAAUCGCUGCUCAACUUCCCCCAACAGGGAGCCCAACAGCAGCAGACUCUACAGCAGCAGCAGCAGCAGCAGAGUCUCCAGCCUGCCAUCUUUCACACGAGCAGCAUGGACUGGACAUUGCCAAUUAAUAGUCGCAGCUUUGGCAAUUUGGUCAACAUAGAGGGCAGUGCCAUCGGUGGCUGCCGUGUGCCGUAUCAGAAAAUGCCACAGCACCAGGGUGCCGGCGGCAGCGGUGGGGCAUUGGCCGACUCCACCUUCACCAUGACAUCGUUUGACAGCGACAUCGGCAUUGGGAUCGGGCAUGGGCAUGGGCAUGGGCUCAAAGAACGCGAAUCGCAGACAUCGCUGCACCAGCAACAAGGCGCUGCACAGUUGCACAGCCAUUCGCAUUCGCAUCCGCAUCAUUAUCAUGCACACCAUGCGGUCGUGGGUGGAUCGGGCUCCGGCUCCCUCACGCCACAAAAGCAUCACCAGCUGCACUCGAGCGUUACGAGCAUCAUGCCAUGGAAACAUCGACAGUGUCCCAGUCGCGGUUCCUCCAGCUCCGGCACGAAUUCAUUCCGAUUCGAUGCGGCCAAGCAUUGGCUGGCUGUGAGCUCCAUACUCUUGAUAAUUGGGGCUGCCAGUGUGGCUGUGCCGCUGGCUCUACGUGUGGCAGCAAGUGCACCGUUUGAGGAACGUCUACGCGUGGCCGUGCAGCUGCUGGAUCAAGUGCCUUUAAUCGAUGGCCAUAACGAUUUACCCUGGAAUAUACGCAAGUUCCUGCACAACAAACUGAAUGACUUUAAUUUUGAUGAGGAUUUGCGCAAUGUAAUGCCCUGGGGUCGCAGCCACUGGAGUCACACGGAUCUCACGCGACUGAAGAAGGGACGCAUAUCAGCACAGUUCUGGGCCGCAUAUGUGCCCUGUGAGGCCCAACAUCGUGAUGCUGUGCAGCUCACGCUGGAGCAGAUUGAUGUGAUCAAGCGGCUCACGGAUCGCUACUCGCCGCAGUUAACAACGUGCACCUCGGCGCAGGACAUCAUUGAUGCGCACAAGAACCAACAGCUCUGCUCGCUGACUGGCGUCGAGGGUGGACACUCCCUGGGCGGCUCCUUGGCCGUGCUGCGCACCCUUUAUGCGAUCGGAGUGCGGUAUAUGACACUCACCUCCACUUGCCAUACGCCGUGGGCCGAUUCAAGUUAUGCGGACGCACCGACCUUCAAUAUGAAACAUGGCGGACUCACCCUCUUCGGGAAGACAAUCAUCCGCGAAAUGAAUCGACUGGGCAUGAUGGUCGACCUGUCGCACGUCUCCAAGGGCACAAUGCGUGACGCCCUCGAGGUGAGUGAGGCUCCUGUGAUAUUCUCACACUCCUCCGCCUACGAGCUGUGCAACACGAGCCGCAACGUGCAGGACGACAUCCUGCAGUCGCUCGCCAAGAACGGUGGCCUCGUGAUGGUCAAUUUCUAUUCGAAAUUUCUAUCCUGCAGCGACAACUCGACCGUGCACGAUGCAGUCGCGCAUAUUAAUCACAUUAAGCGCAUCGCCGGCAUCGAUCACGUUGGCCUCGGCGCCGGCUACGACGGCAUUAAUUACACACCCAAAGGCCUGGAGGAUGUCUCCUCGUACCCGACACUCUUUGCGGAGCUCCUGGGCGGCGGCUGGACGAUGGACGAGUUGACAAAGUUGGCGGGCGGCAACUUUCUGCGUGUCAUGCAGCAGGUGGAGAAGCUGAGGGAUGACAAAAAGACUGCCGGAGUCAAGCCGUACGAGGAUCACCCGAACUUCCGCACCGAUGAUCCGUACAACUGCACCUCCAGCUAAUCGAACAGCGGCCCCAGGCAAUCAGAGGUUGUGCCACAGAUCCCGGCAACGAAUGAGUAAAGUUUUCUAUGUGUAUAGAGAACUCCCACAAACUAAUCACAGUCUAGCCAUAAGUUGAGAUUUGUAUAAGCUUUAAAUACAUAGCAAAUAAUUAUAGAAACCAUUUACAUGGCAGAAGAAAUAAUUUCCUCUUUCCCUUUUACCACGAAACGAAUUUCUUUUGAUUUUGGUGACAAUCUACAGACUGCCAACAAAAACCUAA